GCACAAGCCGCGUUGGAGGGGAGAGAAUGAUGCUCCUGCCGGUGUUCGAGCGCUUCGCUGAGUUCGGCUGGCAGCCGUUCGUGGAGCCCGCCGAGACCUUCGAGUUCUUUUCCGUGUCGGGCGUCUUCCGCCGCGCCAAUGUGGACACGUCGCUGCACGCGGGUCAGCCUGGCGCGCAGCACCUCGUGCAGCGUAGCGCGCUGUUCGACGUGUGUCUUAAGAGCGGCCUGGCGCACCUGGUGGUGGCCUACAUCCGCGCCGAGGAGUCGCAGUCGCUGCAGCCCGAAGGCGCCUUUGCUGGCGUCAAAAACUACGUGCUGAAGGAGCCGAUCGCAGUGCAGCAGUGGGCGCGUCGUCGCCUGGAGGCCAUUGAGCAGGACGUGAACGAGAUGGUGAACGAGCAGCAGUACAGCGGCCGCGAGUCCCCGCGAACGGCCAAGGCGGAGGCUGUGGAGGAGGAGCUGCGGCAGCUCAACGGGCUGCGCAUGAUCCUGAUUGCACUGACGGAGCGGUUGAUAGAAGGCUCUCGACAGGCCGCGUACAGCUCGAACGGCGUGGAUGCCGAUGGCAACGUGCUGAAUGAGACGGAGCUCAUGCGUCUUACCACUGCAGGUAUCCAGAAUUUGUUGCAGUUGCUUGCGCGUACUCAAAGUGUGGCGUGUGCAUGCAACUGCAUGCUGUGGCUCCACGAGAACGAAGUGAGUGUCGAUGGAGAGAUAUACAACUCGUUUUACAGCCAGGCGAGAUCGCUCCGCGUUACGUACCGCGAGCAGUUCGAAGAGAUUUACGGCAACAAGUUGUCGUCUGUGAGUGGAUUGAAGGAGCCGAUGCUUUUGAUUGAACACGUGAUGAAGAGCGCGAGCAUUUCGUUGGAGGAUCUUGGAGGAAACUGCCCGCCGACACAAUUGGGUCAAUUGCUGGAGCUUUUGAGAACGCCUAGUAUUCAGGAGGACGUCGUCCAGUUUUAUGGCGACGAGGUCGAUCGUGAGCCCAUUGAGGGAUACUUCCGUGUUCAGGUGGCGCUACUGCUGUAUUUCUGUUUGGACAGGGCGUACCUGAGUGUGUGGAAACAGCAUGCGCAGAGUGGUGCACGGAUUGCGAAGAAAAUGCGCUCGCUGGCAGAUUCACUUGCUGCACAGCUGAACGUCCGUGAUGAUAUGAAGCUUACGUUGCUGGCGCUGUGGCUGGUGGAGAAUGCUGUGGUGAUGAAGACAUCAGGUGACGACCAAGUAGCUGCGAUUUAUGAAAGCGCCAUCACGUUACUGCAGCAGUCGAGCGCGAUGCAUCUUCACCACAAGUACGAUUUGGAGGCUGACUUGAUCCUGCACUUGCUGGAGACGCUGGUUCACCGUGGUGAAAGUCUAGUGGCGUGGAAAGUGUGGAACACGUUUGGAGUGGAGCUCGAGCAGUCACCACCCGCAGCGACUGAACUCGUGGUCGUUAUUUCACUGGAGCUGGACUUGUGGGAGCGCGCGCUAUCUCUCAUCCGCAGUCAAAAGCGCCCCGAUCUGCUAGGUCUCCUCUUCAACUGGCUGAUGAAGAGUCAUCGUCUGAAGGAGCUGGUUCAGGGCGUGACCCUUCUGCCUGCAGAGGAGAAACUCUUCCACACCUACAUGAUGGAGAGUAACGUCAUUGAGGAGGAAGAUGUCUUGCGGGAUGACAACAUUAAGAGGGUAGACUUCCUCGUGAUGUAUUACAUUCUCCGAAACAAGUAUGAGCAGGCCUGGGACGUUCACCACGAACACCUAGCGAUGAUUCGAGCCAUGUCCCGUGGUGACACUGAAAUCGCGAUGGCUGCGCUGAAUCAGCCAAGCCUGCGCAUUCGGGCGUCUCUGCUCGCGAACAUGUGCGCUGAGCCUCCUGCGAAGUCGUACUCGCACAGGAGUAGGAACUCCUAUAUUCGGAUGGGAGAUCGACAGCGUCAACAGCCUCCUAAGCCGGCACUGCUGGAGAAUGAAGAGAUGGAAGACGUGUCUGAUUCCGAACCUUUGGCGCCAUCAAUAUCCGCACCAGCAGAGCCGAUGCGAUCGGAUCUUGAUGUCCAUACCGAGGAGAAAGACGUUACCUCGGUCGGAAGCGCGUUUGUUUCGGCGCAGACGGACCACAUGACACAUUUCCAGGAUAUGGCGGAAACAGGCGAGUUCGACUACUCCCCCGGCAUUUUUUCGGGACGGCAGGGAUCCAGUGUUACGACGCGGUCAAUUGAGUCGCCUGCUCCAUUCGUGACGGGCCAGAAGACGCCGACGCCAACAAAAGGAAAGGGAAAGGCUAGCGCUGGCGAUGUCUCGAUUGGUUCAAUCGACUCGAGCCCAGACUCCGCCCUCCACGCUCUAACUCGACCGAAGCCCAUCGAAACGGCCCCUUCUAGUGUCUCGCGAGGAAUCGCCCGCCAAUCCCUGGACUUUGGCUCGUCGCCGGUAAAGCCGUCCAGCGCGCCUUCAACUCCGCUGCAGCCUCUCGUCUCCCCGUUUGGCGAUCGUCGUCCGCUUGGUACGCCCCCAGUUCGCUCCAAGAUCAACCCUACCUUUGCUUCCACAUCUUUGGCACCGCCCGCUCCGAAAGCUGCAGGCUCAACGGAUGACUUCUCGCUGAAGCCUCACAACACGGAUAGCAUGGAGGACGAGAGUUCCCCGGUCGGAUCUCGUGAAUCCGAAGCAGCAGCCAGCGAUGUCCCAGAGAACCGAACUGUGCAGCAGGCAACGACGCCUCCUCGUGACGCCGACAUGCCUGACGUCUUAUCGACUCCCAAGCGGUAUCAGUUUGUGCGUGAGCCAGCGACAGACUCGCGUCUCGAGGUAGCAGCACACUCGGACUCGGAUCAGCCCAUGUCGCCGGCGACAGAGGAGCUCGAGGGCAUGGAGCUCGAACGCAUCGACGAAGAGUUUAGCACGCCGCUCUCUCGCUCAAGGGGGAGGCGGAAGGAGCCCGCGAGCGCCCCCGUGCGUCGCAACCCGCGGCGAUCUGCCCGCCACAAAUACUAA